AUGCUACUAGUCGCCUUCCUGAUCACCUUGACUAUCUGUGACGUCUGCAGUGCGGAAAAUGGGGAUUUGUCAAAUAGACGGGAUCUCCUCACCAUCUACACCCUCACUUCUGAGCGUGUCUGUUCGCCCGAGAUGAUACUCUUCAACUUCACUCACAGUGUUGCUGCAGCUGUACGCUACGCGCACUCAGUGAUGUCAGCGAACAACGAGACACUUUUCGGUACUGUUUGGAAGCAUGAAUGGGUGCCUGGCUGCUCGAUGCAGGAGGCAUCGAGAGCAUGCAAAAUGUACAGACUCCUGCAAAAUUUACAGAAAACUGCAUCAAAUUCGACAGGAUUCAGCGUGUUAUUAGGACCGCCACUAGCUAGCGACUGCAAUUUAGUGAACGAGUGGAUCAAUCUCGGAGAUCCGAAUGCAACACAACGAGUUCAACUCUACCAAAUCUCCUACUACUGCCACAUAUUUUCCUCCUACUCUACCUUUUCCAACCGCCUUGCCGACAAUAGUUGCCAUUCGCCCACUCCACCUGUCGCUGCGGUCUCUGUGACAGUCCAGCACAGGGCCAUUCUGCAAGGCAUUAUUGCCUAUCUCCUCAAUAAGGGCUGGAAACGCAUUGCACUCUUCUAUGAUAUGCGUGCCACCAACUUCGACAUUCCUGAGAUGUUGACUACGACUCCAUUAUCACUUCCUCUCUCACGAACCGCACUGAUACUAGCCAGGCCGUCACUGGCAGUAGAAUUCGUGGUCAGCAUACAAAACUUGACGAAAAUUAAACAAGGGAGGAUAGCACUCAUCCAGGUGGACCCCACGGAUAUGCUCACCUACGAUUCUUUGCGUGUAUGGAGAUCUCUGUUGUCCAAAACUGCACCCACAAUGGCUGCCGGUCGUUCGCUCAUCAUUCUUACUGCAUUACCUAAGGGAACAGUAUACAACGAGGAUUCAAUAACAUAUAAGGAGCAAAUAAAUCUAUCGGUGGCCAGCGCGGCAGCACUUGCAAUGCAAUUGGUUCAAAUGCACCUUCAAGAGGGUGGCGGCAAUAUUGGCCCAUUCAGUAAUCUCUUUCUACCAUUGAGCACCCUCGCACACAUCCACAUACCCACACUGCCCUCCAUUACUUUUCACUACCAAACUCACAAUGGUGAUAUCUCGCAGGGCAUAUUUGAUCUCUUUCUCUUCUCCCUCAAACCUAACCUCACCGAGUCAGCUGAUAUUGUAAACAAAUUGGAAAAAUAUGCCGAUAUCUUCAAUCUCAUUGAUAUCAUUCAUUAUCCACAGCUGCUGCCUCAAUGGAGGGGUAGGAUGGAUUGGCCAGGUGAUGGAUGGGGACCUCGACGCGCAUACUGCUUAGUUGCGACUUGUGAAUUUGAUCUAAUAAAAGUUAUCCUACUGAUAAAUUUACUUGGAGUGCUCAAUGCUGGUCUCAUAUAUUUGUGUAUUCUGCUCAUCAACAGAGGAAUUAUAUGCAAGAAAAAACGCCUCAUUUCCAUCAAACUCGUUUUUCUGGAGAAUGAAUUCGUAUUUGAAGAUCAUGAUAGAAAAGUGGCAGCUGAGAGCAGCAAUACCUCUCGGCGAAACACUCAGUCACAGGCGGAUAUGGUACCGAAUUUGGAUGCACCCACUUCUUUCCAUGCACUAAUAUCUACUGCUCAAGUUCCACUUGCAGCAUCGAGUUUAAACGAAGAGGCUUUGCCAAGCGUAAAGAAGAGAAGUAUUGCUUGGCUAAACGGUGUUCAAGUCUACGUUAAGCAAUUGGGCCUACCUCGCGUUGUACUGCGCUCCAAGUUAAUUGAGUACCUUGCAGGACUGCGAGAAAUUAGACACGAAAACAUCAACGCUUUCAUGGGAUGCUGUGUGACACCGGAUUCCUUUAGUCUCGUUUUUGAAUACUGCCAUCGUGGAUGCCUUCAGGAUGUGAUAAAUAACAAAAGCAUCCCAUUUGACUGGGAUUUCAAGCUCUCCCUCAUGACUGACUUUGUUCGGGGGAUGGAAUACCUGCACAGCACGAGUCUCAAAGCUCACGGAAGGCUGAAAUCGACCAAUUGUGUUGUCAGUGGUCGGUGGGUCUUGAAGAUCACCGAUUUUGGCAUUCCCAAUAUCUACAACUUAACAGGCAAUUGUCCUACAAUCAAACUCGAAGAUAAAUUAUGGACUUCGCCGGAGCUGCUACGCGAUGAGACAGCGGCUUUAUUUGGAACCAGGCAGGGAGACGUCUAUGCAUUCGCCAUAAUAAUGCACGAAGUCUUCUAUCAGACAAAACCAUAUGGACUCGAAGACAUUCCAGCGGCUAAAAUUCUAGAACGCAUCUUGGGUGAAGAAAAGCCUCCUUUUCGCCCACAGCUUCUCGAAAGAGACGUGCCACUGGCUUACAGAAACAUUCUUGAACGAGCAUGGUUGGAAAAUCCUAGUCUAAGACCAACGUUCACGGAGCUAAAUGAAGAGAUUCAACGACUGACUAAGAAAAAAAAAAUGAAUGUCGUAGAGCACAUGUUCAAAAUGAUGGAGAGCUACUCAAGUCAGCUGGAAGAACAAGUAAAAGCUCGCAUGAAUGAACUGGAGAUGGAGAAGAAGAAAAAGGAACUUCUCAUCUGCCGCAUGCUGCCUCCAGUUGUUGCAGAGGCGCUGAAGGCAGGUGCUGCAGUGGCACCCGAGACCUACGAUGAGGCGUCCAUCUAUAUCAGUGACAUCGUUGGAUUUACGACCAUUUCUGCAAUGUCCACUCCAUUACAGGUUGUUGAUUUUCUGAACGACUUGUAUACGCUGUUUGACAAGACAAUCGCAAACUACGACGUCUACAAGGUAGAAACAAUAGGAGACGCCUACAUGGUGGCUUCGGGACUGCCACUUCGGAAUGGACGACGCCACGCAGGUGAGGUGGCCACAAUGGCUCUCGACCUCCUUAGUGCCUGUGGCACUUUCACCAUUAAGCACCUACCGGAGGUGCCCUUGAGGCUACGCAUCGGUCUACACAGCGGACCUUGUGUUGCUGGUGUCGUGGGGCUCACUAUGCCUCGUUAUUGUCUCUUUGGUGAUACCGUUAAUCAAGCACUACAAAUGGAGUCUUCUGGAGCUGUUGUUAUUGCCCUAGCCUUCAGAAUACACAUCAGUGAGCACAUGAAGGAAAUAUUGGAUGAAAUCGGGGGCUACCAUGUUGAGUAUCGCGGUUCAAUCGAAUUUGAAGGUGGUAUGGAGAUAACGAGCUAUUGGCUCAUUAAUAGCGACAAUUUUCACAGGCCUUUACCUGAGCCACCUCCACUAAUCACAAAACAUGGUUUUGAUGACUAUCUAGUGUCUUUACACGUGACGGGGCAGGACUGGUAUCAAUUAAUUCCUGAGCGUCUGUGGAAGCUUGGAACAGACCUACCUCAGUCCAUCUUUAUUUACAACUCACCUAUCUUUCCUGACCCUCUGCCCGAUAUUUAG